UUUGUUUACUGGGAAUCUUGUGAACAGUUGGGUGAAAAUUGUAAAAAAAUAUUGUAAACUAUGCGGCUUUUGAUUCUCAUCGCCUUGUUGGCAUUAGUGCCAACUACUUUUACAAAAAAGGCAGAAGUUGAUAAAAAACCUGAAUGGGCUAAAAAAGAUAUUCGUGAUUUUACGGAUGCCGAUAUGGAGCGCCUCCUAGACCAAUGGGAGGAAGAUGAAGAACCAUUGGAACCCGAUGAGUUGCCUGAACACUUACGUCCUCAGCCAAAAAUUGAUUUAUCCAAUCUCGAUAGCAGUAAUCCAGAAGAGCUGUUAAAAGCUUCCAAAAAAGGGCGUACACUAAUGACAUUCGUAUCUGUGGGUGGUGAUCCAACACGGGAAGAAGCUGAGACAAUUACAAAGUUGUGGCAGACAAGUCUAUGGAACAAUCAUAUACAAGCUGAACGAUAUAUGGUUGAUGAUGAUAGAGCCAUAUUUCUUUUUAAGGAUGGUUCUCAAGCUUGGGAUGCAAAAGACUUUUUGAUAAAACAAACGCGUUGCAAAGGCGUCACCAUUGAAAAUAAAGAAUAUCCCGGCGAAUGGAGCAUUAGCAAUGACCGCACAAAAGAGAAAGAAGAGCUAUAAAAUCAUAUUAGCAACUUUUAUUUAGAUUUUUUACGAAGAAAAUUCUGUAUUCUCAAAAUAAGUUUAAGCUGAAAAUUAAAGAUUCUAUUUUUGAAAUUAAUAAAAGUUUAUUUAAUAUCCAAA